AUGAGGGUGGAGGCGAUGUUUGAUUUGUUGAUGGUCCCGAAUAUGAAAGAUAGCAUGCUUAACGUGCAGCCGUUCGUUGGUAUCGGACGAGCAUACCUGCCGCUAUCGGUAGACACACAUGUACAGGACGGCGUGACCUUGCGACUUCUGUGCGGGAAGGUCACGCGCUCUUAA